AUGCUUUCUCCAGUGUUUUUCCCUCUCCUUGCUGUGCUGCUGUCAUGGCCUACCGUUGCGAUUGGGCAAAAACAGAAGAAUAUUGGGCUUACCAAGACGCAAGAACCCGACCCUACCAUCACAGCCAGCGUGAAAUCAAUCUUCAGCUCUUUUAGCCGCGACGAAGAAAGGACAUUUGAUCCAAAGUCGGCUUCGGGCUGUUGUGAUCCAACCUGUGCCUUAGGAUUAUGCAAUGGCAUUUAUCCCUUUGACACGACCCCUCCUCCUGAUGCAGCUCGCACUGCGACUGCUUCGUCUGCGAUUGUCACAGAAUCUUGCUGUUCUGCCGGCUGUCCCGAUGGUUUCUGCAGAGGUUUCGAGCGAUUCAGGCAUUGGUGGCCUAUAGGCUGCGUUGGUCGAGGUUGCGCUGUGCCCACAGGGCAACGAUGGAAUCAUUUGCCAGCCCAUCUGCAUCCUGGAAGUCGCUGUGAAGGGCGGGAUUGUUCACCGGGCGUCCAUCAAAGCGACUCUCCUAUAACGACAAUCUUUGCGGAUGCCGCCUUUAGUGCUAUCGACGCUGUCAAGGCUACCAAUACUGCAGCAUCGAGUCCCAAAACUGCCAACAAGGAACCAACGCUUCAGUUUCAUUCCGCCGAGCUCGCCGGUCAGGAUCAAGAUACGCUUCCAAUAGUUGUGGAAAACAACGCCAAAGAGCCCGUCACUCUCCUCGCAGACAUUGAACUGGCGUUGACCGAGAACUACAUCUCAUCUGGCAUGCUGUCUGCCCUGGGCCUCUCGACUACUUCGUCCAAACUCAGCCCAAUAGCAAAGGAAGACCAACGCGCUGCUGCCCUAGGCACACCCGCCUUCCACGUUACACCACACGCGAAAAUUUCGCUGAACUUGCUCGCCGGACCCAAGGUUGCGCUGAACCAGUUUGCGGAUAUUGCGUUCAACGUCUUCGAUCUCCCCCCCAUCCACGAGCGAGCAGGUGUUCCCUGGGAGCCGGAGGUUUUUCUGGGUGUGGCUUUCCUCCGCAAGGCGUCGGCUCUGCGGCUCGUCGAUGGAUUCGCAGGACACCCCGCGCUCAAGGGGUUGCCCGUCGUGGUGAGAGACAUACCGGGCACGGACACGAACUCCGCAGGAAACCAGAGCGAACAGACACCGGCGAAGGACGAAUUGUGA